GAGUGGAGUGUCUACACUAGCCCUCUCUUCCGUCGCACUUACACGCGGCUACACCUCUUCCAGACACGCACACGCGGACGCGUCCUAUCGCCGCUCGCUGCAGGACGUCGCGAAGGAGAUUUUUGCUCCCUGAAGAACAUGUUGCAAGAAUGUGAAUGACUGUGUACUAAUCAAGUGCUUCAGCAUGGUUAAAGUUUUGGAGUUUUAAAUAUCAUCAUGCAAGAUGUCAUACAAAAGUGAUAUGUGUAGACUUGGAAAAGUGGACUGAAUUAAUUUCAAAUUCACGGUUAUAGCACCGUAACAAAAUUGAGUGAAACAGUGUGGCAGCUUCGUGUUAUAAUCUUCAGAGUCUGACGAUAUAAAGCUUCUACUGGCGCCGCGCAUCCCCGGCGAUUCUCCAGGCGAGUCUUUCGAAGAAAAAAAUAGGAAACUUCGAGUGCUGCGCCUUCACCAUGCAGUGCGGGUUGGGCCUCCCUUCGCCGCGCCCUUUCGCCGCCGCGGUAUGGCCCUCUACUGCUUGCUCGUCGUCGUAGACUUCCUCGCAGUCUUCCCCACCUGGGAGUCAUGGCGGGGUCAAGGGAGGUCACGCUCACGGAGGUCACGACGGAGGUGGCCUUCAACGAGUUCCUCUCCUCGGUGUACCGAGGGUUGACUCGGCCGCCGCCCAGCGCCCGCGAUCAGGUCAACCUCACGGGAGUGAUGGCCAGACUGACAGCUCGCACGCCCGCGCCGCCCCCGCCCCUGCUGUCACCAGACCUGCCCGACACGUCCGACCUGCUGGGGGCGACGUUGGGCGGCGCGACGCUGCUCCUGCUCCUGUUGGUGCUUUUGUAUCGCGGGUGCUGCGCCAAGCCCGCCGCCCCUGCGCCCACGACCCCAACCUUGCUGCCAGCCCACGUCGUUCGGACUCUGAUCGUGUUGGCGCUGGUUCUGGUGCAGCUGGGGGCGUGCGGCGAGGCGGCCUUAAGGCACUGGAGGUCACACCGCCCGCAUGUGCUCCUCACGCCCGCGCCUGUCCUCACCCUCGCCUCCACGCUCGUCACGGCGGCAUACUACCACGCUCUUGAGACCUGGGCAGCCCACGGCUACGUGAGCGUGAGUACGAGCGUAUGGGCGUGGCAGACCGGGCUGGGGAUGCUGAGGAUGUGGCAGGUGGCCGUGGGCGGGGUGUCGCCGUGGCUCGUGUACCCCUGCCUGAGCGCCGCCGCCGCGCUGCUCGCCGCGCUGCUCCUCGCGAUCGACGUCGCCACGCUCGUUGCCUGGGUCUACCGGCGCCACCACUGCGAGGUCCUGGAGAUUACGCCCGGCGUGGGCGCUGCCGGCGGCGUGGGCGUUACGUAUAAGCAUCCGCUGGUGAGCCUGACGGCCCGCGCCACCUUCGUGUGGUUCCUCGAGCUGCUGCGGCUCGGCUGGCGGCGCCCGCUGGAGUUCUCCGACCUUGGGAAGCUGCCGCGCGAGGAGGAGUCGCGGGUCCAGUAUGAAAGGUUCAGUCGCAACUACAAGGCUGAGGAGCUACGGUGCCAAACCAAAGACGUCAAGCGGGCGCCCUCGCUAUGGCGCGUCUUCGUCAGGACCUACUGGCGGCAGAUGGCGGCCGGCGGUGCCUUCAAGGUCCUCGGCGACGCCGUCAACUGUGUAGCACCGCUUGCCAUCGGCCUCAUCGUCACGUACGUCACCGACGUCCAGGCAAAGACCCUAGCGCGCAGCGGCGUCGUUGUAGACAAGCUGUUCUAUGUAGGCUGGUCGGAGGUGGUGCACAAUGGAUGGGUGGUGGCAGUGGUGGCACUGGUGGCCGCCCUCGCGCAGUCCACCUUCAGCCAGGCCUCCACUCACCUGGUGGCGAUGGAGGGCAUCCACGUAAAGGCGGCGCUGCAGGCGAUGGUGUACCACAAGUCCUUGCGGCUUUCUGCAACGGCACAGGAGGAGCCGGAGACAUGCCCUCGCCCGGCCAGCCAGGACAAGGGUCAGGAGGGUUCGCAGGGCACCCGUGCUGGCGUGGACGCUGGCGGGGUCAUUAACCUCAGCUCUGAGGACGCAGAUAGCAUCAUGACCUUCUUCAUGCACUGUCACUACAUCUGGGCCAUCCCGCUGAAGAUCGGCGUGAUCCUGGCGCUCCUGUGGUGGCAGCUUGGCGCCUCGGCUGUGGUGGCAGCCGUGGCCGGCAUCCUCUUCCUGACGCCGCUGCAGUUCGUCCUCUGCAAGAAAAUCGCCGCCGUCAACAAGAAUUUCUUGGACGUGAGCGACGAGAGGCUGCGCCAGACGCACGAGCUGGUUACGGGCAUCAAGCUGGUGAAGUUGCACGCGUGGGAGGACGUGUUCAUCAGGCGCGUCACCAGCACGCGGGAGAGGGAGCUGCACCUCCUCUACAGGGACUCCAUCUACCGCGCCCUCAUGACCUUCCUGACCCAGGGCUCCGGCGUGGUGGUGUGCCUUGUGACUUUUGGCCUGUACUCUUUGCUGGAGGGCGCGGCGCUGGAGCCCGCCAGGGUCUUCUCCGGCCUGGCGCUCUUCAACCAGCUCACGGUCCCGCUGUUCAUCCUGCCCAUCAUCGUCUCGCACACCAUCAGGGCCAAGAACAGCACUCGGCGCCUGCAGGAGUUCCUGAAUAUGCAGGAGGUGGAGGGGCCGAGGACCCCCAAAACCCCUAUUACCCUCAGGCCGAUAGGGAUCCUACGCGGCGGGGUAGCAGGAGGAGGCAAAGGUAGAGCAGGAGGGAGAGGGAAAGUGUGCAGGACACCCAGAAACUCCAAAGGGGAAGGACUCCUCGACGACCUAAGGCAGAAUCGCCUGGAGCGUGUGGUUGAGGAAAGCAGGCCGACCUCGACCUGCUCCGAAAUAUCAAACGCCUCGAGUGUGUCCAAGAAAUCCUCCAAGGAAAACGGGACUUCUCCGUUUUCUGUUGAUUUGAACAGUGACUCCGAGGAAGAGCUGGAGUUCGAAGGCUGGAAGAAGAGAAGGAGCGGGGGAAACGGAGGGCGCGGGGGCGACGGCCGGAAGGUGGCGGUGCGCAUCCAGAGCGGCUCCUUCGCGUGGGAUCCCGCGUGCCGCCACAGCGUCCUCGAAAACAUCACGACGGAGGUACCAGCAGGCGGGCUGACGGUGGUGGUGGGCGGCGUGGGCGCGGGCAAGACUUCGCUCCUGCUGGCGAUGCUGGGCGAGAUGCACACACUCAGGGGAGAACUUCAGUGGAACGGCGAAAUGUCGGUGGCGUAUGUGUCGCAGCACCCGUGGCUCAUGCACGCCACCCUCAGGGACAACGUGGCGUUCGGGAAGCAGCUCCUCGCCAAGCGCUACAGCAGGGUCAUCCAGGCGUGCGCGCUCGCCCCCGACAUCGAGAUCCUGCCAGGAGGGGACCAGGCCGAGAUCGGGGAGCGGGGCAUCAACCUGUCGGGCGGGCAGCGGCAGCGCGUGGCCAUCGCGAGGGCGCUCUACUCCGACGCCCGCACCGUCAUCCUGGACGCGCCCUUCUCCGCCCUGGACGCAGGCGUGAGUGCUAAGGUGUGGGAGGAGGGCGUGGUCAAGCUGCUCCUCCAGCGCCGACGCACAGUCAUUCUGGCGACUCACCUCACUCACCUCACUCGCCACGCCACCAAAAUCAUCUACCUGGAGGGCGGCAGCAUCAAGCACCAGGGGACGCCCUCGGAGGUGGCCCGGGCCGCGCCGGAGCUGUGGCGCGAGUGGGGGGCCAAGGAGGGCGCCCCCAUGGGGGAGUACGACUACGAGGGGCGACUCGAGGGGCGCACCGCGCGGGAGAGGUGGUCGCUCCUUCGCCUCGUCACUAGGAUCUCCAUCCAGAGGGGCUCGGCGUCCCCGCACCACACUCGCAGGGGCGCCAGGGAAGAGAGCAAGGAGGUGGACUUCUGCCCGCGCCCCGUCAGGAAGUACAGCAUCAACCGCCACGUUAGCCACAGUGCCCUCCUGCCGGGGGACGAAUGCGAGUACCUUCCCGCUCUGACGCCGCCGUUGCCGCGACACGCCUUCGCCCACACGCCUGCCAAGCUCCCGCUCUUUAGGAUCAAGUCGAGCGCGCCGGCCUUCGGCAGGAAGUCAUCGCGGGCGGCGCGGGGGGGACUGCCCCGCCACGCCAAGAGCCUCCCGCCGCAGCCCCGCCCUCUGCCCCGCAUGCGCUCCUCGCCCGCCUUCGCCCCGCAAGGCAACAUGCUGCACAGGCUCUUCUCCAGCGCCUCCAUCAAGUCGACGAAGCGGCCGAGUACGUCGCCCUCGGACAAGUGGCACUUGGGCCGCGUCAUCUCCUCCUCCAACAACCUCGGUGACGACCUUGACGAAGACCUGGAACUCGAGGAAGAGGUUCCUCUCGAGGAGGACGUCGAGGACGGGAGGCUGGUGGCCGAGGAGGAGCGCGAGCGAGGGAGGAUCUCCAAGUGGAACUAUGUGGUGUAUCUGCGGGCGUGCGGCCUCACCUUCGGCCUCGGAUACCUCUUCUGCGCUCUGCUGGGCCAAGGCGUGUCCGUGAUGCUGGACAUCUGGCUCGGCAAGUGGUCGGGCGAGGCCAACGCCUGGAACAUGACGGAGAAGAGCCACUGGGACGACUACGAGACCCACCUGCGUCAGAAGAACAUGCCGGGCGAGCGAGCCAAGCCGGUAGACCCACUGGUCCUCAGCGUCGGUGACAGAUACACGGCCUUCGUGGAGGAGACGAUGCACUUCUACUACAAGGUGUACGUGGGCCUCUCGGGCUUGUCCGUGCUCCUGUCCCUGUCCACGAACAUCCUGGGCCAGGUGGCGGCGGCCCGCGGGCGGCAGAGGCUCCACCGAGACAUGCUCCAGAACCUUGCCAAGUGCGCCGUGCGGUUCUUCGAUACCACCCCCGCUGGCAGGAUCAUGAACCGGUUCACCACGGAUACUGCAAUGAUCGAUAAGGAGCUGGCGCGCUCGGUGACGCACCUGCUCUUCUUCGUGCUGCUGGUGACGUCGGCGGUCGUGGUGAACGCCGUCGUGACGCCCGCCUUCCUGGUGGUCGCCGUGCCCAUCUGCGGACUCUACUACGCCGUGCAGAAGUUCUUCCGGUGCUCCUCGAGAGAGCUGAAGCGCCUGGAGAGCCUGUCGCGUUCGCCGCUCUACAGCCACAUCAGCGAGAGCGUUGCGGGCGCCGUGGUCGUGCGCGCUUACGGACACCAGCGCAGGUUCACAGACGUCUUGCUCCACCGCCUCGACACGCACGUCACGGCAUUCACCCUCCUACACGCUGGCAACCGCUGGCUCGGCAUCUGUCUCGACUACAUCGGCGGCGUGAUCGUGUUCUGUGCGACCGUGGCGACGCUGCUGUGGUCGACGGUGUUCCAGAGCGGACUGAAACCGGCCAUGGUCGGUCUAGCCAUCAACUACACGCUCCUCGUGCCCGUCUACCUGAACUGGAUGGUGCGCUUCCUUGCCGACACGGAGAUGUGCCUGAACGCCGUGGAGAGGGUGCAGCAGUACGCCACGCUGCCCGCCGAAGACGCGCCGCCCGCCAGGAGGACGACGCCCGCGCGAGACUCGUCUCUGGCCCGCCGCCGCCGUUCCUCCAGCCGCACCUCGGGCAGGUCAGGGUCGUCCUCGGGGUCAGGCUCAACAUCGAGGUCAUCGGGACUUCCCCCGGGCUGGCCGCUGGAAGGGCGGGUCGAGUUCCAGUCUGUGACCUUGACCUAUGACCCAAUGCUCGCUCCCGUGCUGAGUGGACUGACAUUCACCAUCAACCCGGGAGAAAAGGUCGGGCUGUGCGGCAGGACCGGCAGCGGCAAGAGCUCGCUCAUCCUCAGCCUGUACAGGAUCGUGGAAGCUUCCCGCGGCCGCAUCCUGCUCGACGGGACCAACAUCCUCGCCGUUCCUCUGCAGGUCCUCAGAGCUUCCAUCUCCGUGAUCCCGCAGGACACGCAUCUCUUCCAUGGGUCCGUCAGAUUCAACCUGGACCCCCUUGGCCAGCAUCCCGACGAGCGGCUGUGGCGCGCCCUCGAGAUCGCGCAGCUCAAGCCCCUGGUCGCCUCCAUGCCGGCCGCGCUCGAGAGCGAAGUGGGUGAGGGCGGCAGCAGCUUCAGCGCGGGACAGCGGCAGCUGUUCUGUGUGGCACGGGCGGUGCUGCGGCGCUCGUCGCUGCUGGUCAUGGACGAGGCGACGUCGGCGCUGGACGCGGCCACCGAGAGGGCGCUGCACACGGCGCUCAGGACCGCCUUUAGCCACGCCACCGUCAUCACCAUUGCGCACGGCGUCAGCAGUCUCCUUGAGUACCCUCGUGUCCUUGUAUUAGAAAACGGACACCUCGUAGAAGAUGGAGACCCCAAGGAACUUGCCAAGAAGGAAAACGGAGCGUUCGCUAAACUACUGACUACCACAAGUGAAUCUUUGAAAUCGUAAAUUUCUUGAAGUAGACUGUUAUGAUAUAGAACACAGACGUUUGAAAUAUUUAAGCUAUGAAAAUAAUUGUACCGAAAGUGAAGGGCAGCUAUUAGUGCUAAAAAAUCUUUACAGUUUUCGAACGAGACGUUUUUAGUGAAUGGAUUAUACUAAUGUAAUAAUACAAGAUGCUGUGCGGCAGUGUACAAUUCGGACGCAGGAGCUGGUAAUGUUAGAAAUAAAAUUGAUCGAAGAGUACAACAGGACUUAAUUGUGUGUGGUGUGGUAUACAAAUACUCUUCAUUGGCCCCUAUAACAUAAAAGGUGAUGUUGGCAACAAUGUAGUAUGAAUCGCAUAUUUCGGUGACAGUGUUGAUGAUAAAAACGACAGUCUUGAUGAUGGCGAAACUUUAUAAACAGGAGGCAUUGAUAUAUAUAUGAUAGUAUUUCAAAUGGCUGACAUCACUUGUUAAAUAACCAAGACAAACUAAGGAAUAUGCAUAAUGUACUUCCUUUAGUCUGUGGCGUAAACAUGCCUUUCCCUAGUCGGAGUGUGUGUUAAUCUAUCAUGCGAAAGAGUGAAAAUAGUGUGUAUAUACUUCAAAACCGGGUCAAUCUAUAUCAGGUGUUUGCCGUCAGGAUAUGAAUAAGACAAUUUUGUUUCGUCUGAUUAUUACAAUUUCAAGAUUGUUGUUAAGAGAAAUCUUUUGACCAGACGACCAAACCUCUUUCAGUAGACUUUUUGUGUUCAUUGCAACAUAAAAGGUCUUCCUUUUCAUUUCAAGCAGAAUUGCGAAGCAUUUGCACGCAAUUUACGGAAUGCAUUUAUUUGUGUAUAUGCUAUAUAUGUUGAGAGUCAAAGAUUUUAGCGCGUUAAUUAUAUAGGAGGAAUAAUAAGCCUCCAAGGGUUGUGAUGAGAUUAGUGUCAAGCAUCAGCCUGGCGGCUGUUUGCCAAGAAGCACAUGUAUAUAUUCUUUUGAGGAGGAGCUUUACCUUCGCCAUGUGUCGUCUCUGUCAAUGAUGUGUGUUCAGCUGUAAGCGUCCUGUUUUUUUUAUCGAUAGAUAUAUAUAUAUAGGGAUUUAAGAAUGACAGUCGUAUGUACCUUGAAAAUUAGAAAGUAAAAAAGCGGCCACUAUAAAAAAAAUACUGGAACUCAGUGAUAUAUCGCAUCUUUUCUCUUAUCUCCCGAUAAGAGAGAUCUUACUUAAGAUGAAAUAAGAUUUUUCAGCUUGACUGCCAUUUGUUUCUUCCUUAAAAUGUUCACUCGUUAUUCUUCAAGCGUAGAUUCUUGAAGCGAGCAGGGCCAAGGUUGUUAUCAGGUUAUUCUGUUCUCUUAUUGUUGUAAACCGGUGCUUGUGUUAGGAACACGUCAAUCCAUUGUUCUGAUUACUUGAAAUGUUACUGACAUAUGUAUCAUGAUCCAGUGUUUACCUCUCUGUGUGUAUAUAUUGCAUUGCUCUUCGUUUGUGAUAUGGACUGAGAUAGCUUCCAUGUAUCUCUGUACGGUGAAAUAUUUUAUAUGUGUAUAUAGAAAGUGAACUGUGUCACACAAAUACGUUUAUAUUUUUGCUGGUGUUAAUGGAUAUUACCUAUGGAAAGAUUUUUCUUUCCCUUAGAAAAGUGACUAAUGGAAUUGCGUGUUUGGGAGUGUGCCGGUGCAGGGUCUGUGUGCAUUUAUUAGUGUUAGUGUGUGUCUGAGUGUGUGUGUUUGUGUGUGUGUGGUUAUAGACGUGAAUGUCUGUGUAGGUGCGAUGGUGCAUGCUUAUGUGAGUGCGUGGAUGUCUAUACGAAUCUGCAUAAUAAAAUAAAUGUGUUACCCA